AUGCUUACUCCCAUUCUCCCCCCUGGUAUCGACUCCAGCACCUUCCAAACAAUCUUGGCAGAAUUAAGCGACAUCGUUGGCAUCGACAACCUCUCCUCCGAUGCCACACCCGGCGCAUUAGAGGGCCCCGAUCAAAAAACCAUUUAUGGAGAUCCGUUUUCACUGCGCCCAAAUAACAGUCGCCAACCGAGCGGUGCAGUGCGACCCGGCUCGGUGGAGGAGAUUCAGACAAUAGUCCGACUAGCCAAUCGCUACAAGCUACCCUUGUGGACUGUGUCCCGCGGAAAAAAUUUAGGAUAUGGAGGAACAGCACCCGUGGUAUCCGGCUCUAUGGUACUCGAUCUUCAUCGAAUGAAUUCAAUCCUGGAGGUCAAUCAGGAGGCUGCUUAUGCUAUUGUGCAGCCGGGGGUGUCGUUCUUCGACCUAUUCAAUUAUAUACAUGAGAGAAAGAUAGACCUAUGGCCAUCUGUUCCGGCUAUUGGUUGGGGAUCGGUUGUAGGGAACACACUGGAACGUGGGUUUGGUUAUACGCCGAAUGGCGAACACAGCCAGAACCAGUGUGGAAUCGUUACCCAGAUUGGAAUCCAUCUCACACCCGCCCCAGAACACUACAUGUGGUGUGAUAUUAGCGUACAGAACGAAGCAGACCUCCCUUUCCUGGUGAAUACCUUGACCGAUCUGAUGCGUCGCAACAUUAUUCAAAACUCCCCAUCAAUCUCGAAUCUAUUCCGCCAGUGCAUACUUGACCCAAGUCCCACAUUGCAGAGCCUUAUAUCCCCGUGCUUUGGCAAAGGGUGUAUCCCAGAGACUACUUUGGCCCAAGGACAGGAGAUGAUGAAAUUCGGGUUCUGGAAAGCCUCCUUUUCUCUCUACGGACCCAAGUCCGUGGUUCAUGCAUCGUGGGAUGUGAUCACGGAAACAUUCUCCCAAUACGACGGCGUCCAGCUUAGAACGAAAGAAACGCACCGACUGGCCAGGAAGUAUGUGAGCGCCAUCGAUAUCGGCGCAGAGGAGAUUCCACACAGUGGUCUCCCGACUCUAAAUCCUUUGAAAAUGCUCUCAUAUCGUGGGCGUGGGGGUGGACACAUCUGCUUUUCACCUGUCUUCCCUCCUUCCGGUCACGAACUCUAUUCCUGGUAUCUGGGGGCUAAGAAGAAGACCAUAGACGCCCAGUUUGACUUUUUCGCCGACUUCCAUGUAUAUGGUCGCUACAUUAUUGGGAUUGAGUUGGUGGUUUACACUCCCGAGGAAGCGGCUCGAUGUGACCGGUUGUAUGAGUCGCUCCUGGAUGACACCACUCGGCAGGGGUUCACGGAGUAUCGAACUCAUGUUGAUUACAUGGAUUCUGUUGCUGGUCAUUUCACUUUUAACAACGGGGCACUUCGCGGAUGUCUGCAAGGGCUCAAGGAUCAUUUUGACCCCAAUGGUGUACUGUCCCCUGGAAAGUCGGGUAUCUGGAACUCGGAUGGUCAGCCAAGCGUUGUAGUUGGAGUGGUGAAGGGUGAUGUUGGAUACUGA